AAGAGCUUGCCGCAAAUGGAUGAUGUACAGUUUUUAUUCCAGGAAGUGAGAGAGAGUUAUAAGGUGUUAUCUAAUCCUUAUUCAAGUAUUAGUUCUCAAGAUUUGGGUAAUACAAGACUAGUACUGUUCCAAAGAUUUAAAAAGAGAAAAAAUCGUACUAAAAACAGCAAAAUGAAUCAAGGAAUCACCAAGGAAAACACAAUAAGACCUCUUUCCAUAAGCAAACUGCUCCCUGAAUCUGAUUAUAAAACAGGAAACUACACAGGAAACGCAAGUCACAAACCCGGAGACAGUAGAGAAAAAUCCCCUCGCCAAAAACGGCUCGCACUACAAGGAGACCCUCAGAGAUCUUCAUUUAUCAGAGGAAACACUAUACCUACAAAAGAAUUCCUAAACCAUCCAUUAAAGCCCCCGCCAGACCAGAAAGAGGUAUCCAUCUCUGAAGUCUACUCAGACAGUGAGCUUGAACAUAUAGAAGAAGAGCCCCAAGCAGACUUUGACGAUAUUUCUGAAAAAUAUAAAUUCAGAAAACGAAGCCAAACUAAUUUAAGAUUUGAGUUUUCUCCCAGAAUCGAUGCUAUAAAAGAUAAUUUCACGAUCCAAGCUUCUCCGAUUCCAAAACCCCCCGAUUUUAAAACCCCAAAGAAGCUAAAAGAGCCUAACCCUACUGAAAAGCCAGAAACAUUGAAUCCAAUGCUCCAAAUUACCUCCAAUCCACCCCAUAAAAAUACUACAAAACCUAUAACAAACACUCAACUAGUGAUACCCCAAAUCCAGCAUAAGACCAUUCAAAAACCCAUGAAAAUCUCAUCGUCAAUUUCCUCGAUCCACUCAAAAAUCAAGAACAAGGCUAGUUCUCCUCAAAAAGUAACAAAAGCUGUGCAGAAGAAAGAUAUAAUCUAAGAAACCCCAUAAAAUAGCUGUUGAGCAUACUAGAAAUGCUUGUAACCAA